AUGAGAAUUAGCCACUGUGACACAGCCAAACAAGCUUGGGAUCUACUUCAGGUUACUUAUGAGGGAAACAAGAAGGUUAGAGGUCAGAAGCUUCAAAUACUCGUAUUGGAAUUUGAGAACAUGACCAUGGGGGAAGAUGAAUCAAUUGAUGAUUUUCACGCUCGACUUCUCAAUGUGACAAACCAAUUCCAAGAUGAUACCCUUGAUGAAGAAACAAAUGUCAAGUGUAAGCAAUUAUAUCAUGCUUCGAAAAUUGUUCUUCGGAAAAAUUAUACACUUGAAAAAGAAAUUGAUUCUUUACGAGAAGAAAAAGAGAAAAUUGAGCUACAAUUUGAAACUUUUGUAAAAGAAUGGAAUGUUGAGCGUACUAACCUUGUUGAUAAGAUAAAAGUUUUGCAGGAUGAGGUUAAGUCUGAAGUUGGGGACAAGGAACAUGGUGAUCUCAUUAAUAAAAUUAAAAUUUUGCAGAAUGAGUUGCUUAAAGUCAAGAAAAGCUUCAACAAGUUCUCCAUAGGGUCUGAAAAGGUGUGGAAGGUGAAAAUUCGCUGGGUCAAUCACAUGCUUAAGAAGACAUUGAUUCUGGUCCCAAAUUUCCCAAAAGACCAGAACGUAAAUUGGACCUUCAAACCUAUAAAAAAGUUUCUCAGGGUUACUCAAAAUCAGAGGAAAACGAUGGGUAUUAACUCACAUGCCUCGCUACAAGCUGAGUUGAAAGAGGGUCUGAAUCUGAUCGCCAGGAUUGCAAAGCUGGCUUCAAUCCCUGUGGAUCUGGAAACAAAAACGAAGCAGAAGCAAAUUUGGAUUAAAAAAGAGACACCUGAUCAAUUGGUGGAAAUUCAAAAAUUACAUCAAGAGAAAAAAGAAAGAGAUGAAAAAAAACUAGAAAUUAUGAAGGAGAAAAUUGAAGUUGACAAAGAAAAACUGCGAGUUAGGAAACUUGAGGUUGAGAAUAGGAAAAUUGAGGCUGAGAUGAGAAUUAUGUCUAUGGAUACAUCUACUAUGAAUCCUGAGCAGAGGCAUAAGUUUGUAUGGGAGAUUGCAAAGCCUUCUAGUUCUUUUAGUUUGUAUCAGUUCGUUUGGUUUCCAGUGAAAUAG